CCAUUGAAUCUCACAUCAACAAAGUGCGCAGCUAGUUCAGCCAAAAGCCAAAGCAGUCAAGCAGAGCCAUGAUCCAAGCAAAGAAGCUUGUUCAGUUGGCCAGGAAGCUGCAGAAGAGGAUGGUGUCACCAUCCGGGAGUGGCCGGCAGACGGCAGGCACCGCCGGCGAUUGCAGCAGCACGGCGUCUCUCGCCGGCAAGGGCCACUGCGUGGUGUACGCCGCCGACGGGGCGCGGUUCGAGGUGCCAUUGCCGUACCUCGGCACGGCGGUCUUCGGCGAGCUCCUGGCCAUGUCCCGGGAGGAGUUUGGCUUCGCAGGCGGCGACGACGGCAGGAUCACGUUGCCGUGCGAUGCAUCGGUGAUGGAGUACGUUUUGUGUCUGCUUCGGAGAGAUGCCUCUGAAGAGGUUGAGAGGGCGUUCUUGAGCUCCAUGCCGAGGGCCUGCCACAAUGUCGGAGUGAUCAACCAUCGAUUUGCUGUUUGUAUAUAGACUCCGAUGUGGAAUUUUUAGGGCUGUUAGAUGAAAUGAUUCAUUCAGAUGAUGCACAAGUGAAUGUUCUCUUGAAGUACUAUUCUUCCAUCCAUGUUGUCUGAAACUCUGAACUCGAUCGUUGGUUCUUGUCAUUUAUCUACUCUUUUGAGGGCUCGAGGCAAAUGCAUUU